AUGAUGUUCUUUUGGUUUGUAUUUAUUUUACAUCUAACAAUAAGUCAAGAUAUAAUAUCUCCAUAUAUAUUUUCUGAUUGUAAACAUUUAAUAUUACCUGUUCGUUGUCAAUGUUAUCAUUCAGGUCAUGAAUCUCAAUUACGAUGUCUUAAAAGUGAACUUCAUUCAUUACCUAAAUUACCAAAUAAUAUGCGCUGGAAUGCACUCGAUUUUUCAUUUAAUUAUAUAACAUCUGUUGACAAUUAUGUAUUUGCUGAUAUAUAUGUUGAAAAAAUAAAUUUAAAUUCAAAUUAUAUUCGUCGAAUUGAAAUAACAGCAUUUGAUCAAAUUAAAAAUUUAAAACAAUUAUUUAUUAAUAAUAAUCAAUUGAAAGAACUUUAUCCUCAAACAUUACUGUCACCAGGUGUCAGUUUACAAACAUUGGAUGUGUCUCACAAUCAAUUUCCAUAUUUGGAUAUUGGACAAAUUCUUCUUAAUUUACCUUUAUUAAAACAAUUUCAUCUUGUAUCAUGUCAUUUAAAUGAUACAAGUAUUUAUACAUUAUUAAAAUUAACUCAAAAUACAACUGAUGAAUAUAAUCAAACGAUUGUAGGACGUGGUCAUUAUUAUUUAGAAAUGCUUGAUUUAAGUUAUAAUAAUUUAACAACAAUAUGUUAUCAUUUAUUUGAUGGUUUAUAUAAUCUUAUUGAGCUUCGUCUGGAACAUAAUUCAAUACGCUUAAUUGACAAUAAUUUUCUUCGUUCAUUUUUACAAAUAAAAAUUUUAAAUUUAGCACAUAAUUCAUUACAACAUGUACCUAAAUUAUCUAGUCGUUCAUUAGAAACUUUAAAUUUUUCAUCAAAUCAUAUUCAUUAUAUUAGUGAUUAUUUUGCAUCGAAUCUUCAUGGAAUACGUUUCAUUGAUUUCGAUUAUAAUAAACAUUUAAACAAUACAUCAAUACGUGCAUUUUGUUUUUUGAAUAUAUUAUCAUUAGAAAAAUUAACAUUUCGUUCAAAUAAUCUUAUAUCAUUAAAUACAUUUAGCGAAUUAUUAUGUCGUUUAAUUAAUACAACAACAAAUGAAAUAAAUCAAAUUGAUAUUAAUAAUAAUAUUAAUUUAAAAUGUAAUUGUACAUUAAUAAAAUUUCGAAAAUAUUUAAAUAAUUACAAUGAUUUAACAUGUACACAACAAGGACAAGAUCGAUAUUAUAUAUCAAAAUUAACAAAUUGGUUUUCUCAUUGUUCAUAUGAUAUUUGUUUAGAUGGACAACAACAUACAAAAUUAAAUCUUUGUAAUUGGGCAGAUGCUGAACGUGCUACAUAUGAAGGAACAUGUGAAGCAAAAUUGAAAGCAAGUGAGAAGAAAAAAAAGAUUAAGUCACAAUCAACAUCGACAAAAACAACACUUAUUAAUGCACAAUAUCUGGAAAAUACUACGGAAAGAGGAAAUUUAACGACUAUAGAAAAUACGAAUACAAUAGAUCAUUUUGAUUGUCUACAAAUUGUACAUAAUUACGAAGAUAUAACUCGUUAA